AUGUUGGAUGAUACAGAUAACAAGGAAGUGGCAGAAGCCGAAUGUGAAAAGCCUCGAGUACCUCCUCGGGCCCCACGUCCCCGGGAACGUUUCAUAAAACCUUCAGAAUCAGCGUUAACCUGUGGUCGAGAGGGACAUAAAUCAUGUGAACACUGCAGGCGAUCUGGUAACGAACUAGCGAUGAGGAUGACAUUUGCUUACGCACUUAUGUGGGUCUAUAGCGUGCAACAGCAAAGUCAGCCCGAAGCUGCGGUCAAUGAACAGAGCUCACUGUUCCGCGCCCGCGACUAA